AUUCCUAAAAUUUGAUGGGUGAGACCUCAUUCAAAUAAAACAUAUAGGGCAGUUUGGCUAAAAGAUAUAAGUUGAGGGGUUCAAUUGAAAAGUGGAUUUAGACACUCAUUAUUAAUCAGUGCCAUUUUUCCUUGUACCAAAUCCAUCAUCAGCAAUGGAGAUUUCAAACUCGCCGGAAAACAAUGAAGCUCAGACCACCGCAAAACAAAUCUUCAUCCUAUCGGGCCAGAGCAACAUGGCGGGCCGAGGCGGCGUCGACCGGCACAAGCACUGGGACGGCGUGGUACCGGCGGAAUCCGCCGCCGACGGCCGCCGGAUCUACCGUCUGAACGCCCACCUCCACUGGGAGGCGGCGCGUGAGCCUCUCCACCGAGACAUCGACACGAAGAAGACGUGCGGCGUGGGGCCCGGGAUGUCGUUCGCCAACGCGGUGAAGGAGCGCGUGGGGGUCGUGGGACUGGUGCCGUGCGCCGUCGGAGGGACGGCGAUCAAGGAGUGGGCGCGUGGGCAGCACCUGUACGAGAAUAUGGUGAAGCGGUCGAAGUCGGCGGCGGCGGCGAACGGCGGCGGCGGAGGAGGAGAGAUCAGGGCGGUGCUGUGGUACCAAGGGGAGAGCGAUACGGCGUCGCAGCAGGAUGUGAAUGCUUACAAAGUGAAUAUGGAGACGCUGAUUCACAAUGUGCGUCAAGAUCUGAAUUUGCCUUCUCUUCCCAUUAUUCAGGUGGCAAUUGCAUCAGGAGAUGCAAAAUACAUGGAGAAAAUUAGGGAGAUACAAAAAGGAAUUGAAGUCCCAAAUGUAGUGUGUGUGGAUGCUAAGGGAUUGCAGCUCAAAUAUGAUAAUCUUCAUCUCACCACUGAGGCCCAAGUUCAAUUGGGCCAUAUGUUGGCCCAAGCUUACCUCACCCAUUUUUCCGAUUAACAAAUUUUAUUUCGUCUGAUUCAGUUUGUUCUAUGUUACACUUGCUGAAUGUUGCAUUGAUAACUAUUUAGUAUGCAUACGUUUAUAUAUGUAUGUGUGAUGUUUAAAACUAUUCGGCGUCGCCUCUAGUAGACCGGCCAAUGACUAAGAUAUAAAUGUUAUUUUGAAAAUAAAAUUAAUGUUAUAUUUUUAUGAUU